AAUAAUAGAAAUAUGAAAGCAAGCGAUACGGACAAUUCUCAGAGACAAAGUUCUAGGCCACAAAGUAUAACAUCGUCAAAAUUCAGAUUGCAAGUUGGUUCGAAGGGUCGAAAAUAUGGUAAAAAUAUAGCAUCAGCAUUAUUGCAACAACGUAUGGCAUUCCGAGUUUAUGAAGAUGACGUCGAUGUCACACCGAAACCUUUGACACACCCUAUGUUUAAUUUAAUCGAUGAUCGCCAAAUGACUGCUUUUGAACAGAUCGGCCUUCCUCAAGUUGAAAACAACGCCCAAUUGGCUUUCUUAUCUUCUUCGUUACACGUGGGCGUUAAAUCCAGUUCUUCCAUAGUAUCUCGAUCAUCCCUUUAUAUUACUGACGAUAUGCAAGUGGAGAGUCUUUUGUCCACUCAGUUUGUUGGUAUUUUGGAUGAUACUCGAGACAAAGCACCACCUCAAUUCUAUUUGCCCAGGCAUGAUCCAGAUGUCUUUUACACUCGACCAGAAACAGUUACGAUUAUAUUAAAAGAAACAGAAACUAUCAUCUUUUUCGAGAUGCUUCCCUUGACGAGUGAUCUUCGUACACCGGAAGGGCAGGCAGUCAGAGAAAGCAAUGAAAGAUACAAACGUUUGAUAUCAAGUCCUGCAAUUGUUAGAAAAAUAGUUGAUGCUGAGACCCAAACUAUUGGGACUAUCACAAAAUCGCGUGGAACUUAUCUCGGGGAAAGAAAACGACGAAAUCAAGGAAUGUUUGUUAAUAAUUGGGUUAUACACGACACGUAUAAGGAAUCGGAAUUAUUGAUGAAGAAGAAUGGUCUUCUAAUUGUUCGUACUAGGGAUAGUUAUCAAAGAAUGUUGGAAACACAGGAAAUGGAAGAUAAAUUGCCCAAAUAUGACAUGGCUCUCCAAGUUAAACGUUCCUCUGAACAAUUAGCUCACAUGGUAUAUAAUACUGGAUUUCUGAACUCUGUACGUGUUAUGGAACGAAUAUUAUCCAACAAUGUUUACCUUGCUGCUCAAAAACGUUUCACUGGGAUCGUCCAACGAGAUCCGUGUAGUCUCGAUUUAGAAUUUACGUACGAUCUUGAUCUCCUAUGGACUUAUACUUGCGAUUUAAGUAACGAUCGACCAGUUUCUUCAUUUCGUUGGAAUUACUCUAAUAGAAACAUCAUUGCUGUGUCGUAUGGAUCAAAACCAGGCAAUGAUAAAAAAGAUGGUCUCUUGUUAUUGUGGUGUGCAAAAAACCCAAAAGAACCAGGACAAAUCUAUUCCUUUGACAGUCAGAUUUCCGACAUCGAUUGGAGUCACGAUCGGCCAAAUUUACUUGCUAUUGGUUUUUACAAUGGUUCGAUCAAAGUUAUCGACGUUAGCAGCACUUCUAUUAACAUAAUACGACAAAGCAAUGCUGACACUUCAUCUGUAUAUGAACCUCAUUGGCAAGUACAAUGGUGGGAAAGCGACGAACAUUUUGAUUUUCAGGAAUUAAUUUAUACGAGUAAUCAAAAUGGUCAUGUAUAUCGUUACCCGUUGGACGAAGAUUUCGUAAUGACCAAAAUGAUGAAAAUUUCUAAGAUAGAAGAUAAAAUACCAGGAGUUAAAAGAUCGGACCAAUGUAUCGAGUACGAUAUUUUAAUGAGUCAAAAUCCAGGUGUUCUUGUUCUUUGCAGACAUCCAACUUUAAAUGCCAUUUAUUUUGUUGGUUCGGACGAGGGUGCGAUAUAUCGAUGCUCUACAAAUUAUUUGUAUCAACACAUCGAUAGUUUUCUAGCUCACGAUGGCCCAAUCUACAGAAUGGAAUUUUCUCCUUUUUGUUGUAAACUCUUUUUGACUUGCGGAGCCGAUUGGUGUACGAGGAUUUGGAUAGAAGAACUAACCGAACCUUUGAUCACUCUUUCAACAACGACGGCAUGUGUGCCCUACGCAACUUGGUGUCCUACGUAUUCAACCAUAAUCGCUAGCAUCGUUAACAACGAAAUUUGCAUAUGGAAUAUCAAAAGAAGAACCUAUGCUCCAUUAUCUGUAACACGUUCACCAAACGAAGCAAGACUAGUGAAAGUCGAGUUCAGUGCUAAUGCUAAACAGAUGGUAGCCGCGGAUGUUCAAGGUGCUAUAUAUAUUUAUAAUUUAGAAGGUAUGCCAUUUUCACCUUACAAUCAGGAAGAAGUUUUAAUCGAAUCUAUCGAGAAGGCAUUGCUUACCAAACCUGAGUUGUUGAGGAAACUUCGAAAAACUGGCCCACCAUUCUCCGACAAUUGA